GGGCAGCUGCCCAUACUGUUAUCACCAUAUAAAGUCCACCACCACCCAGGAAAAUCCCAGGAGACCGUGCAGAGGAGCAAGGAUACGUCAGCAGCCUCUUCCAGACCUGCCUGUCCAGGUGUCAAGACAAGAUGUUUCAGCUUUGGAAACUUGUUCUUGUGUGUGGCCUGCUCACUGGGACCUCAGCAUUUCUUCUUGAGAAUCUUGGCAAAGACCUGAAUCAUGUUGUGAGCGACAUGAAACCUGUUCUUGAAGAAGGAAUUGAGACCGUUGACAAUACACUUGAUGCGGCCCUUCAGAAACUGCUGACUGACUUGGAUGUAUCUCAGAAACUGGCCAAGCAGAGGGCCCAGGAGGCUGAGAGCAUGGUGGACAAUGCCCUUUUUAAAACUCUUUCAGCUGAGGACGUAAGUCAGGGGAUGAAACUCAGUAACCUUCAAGUCUUGGAUCUCAAAUUUGAAAAGACUCCUGAUAGCAAUGGUUUUGAUCUGAGGAUCCCCAUCACCGUUAACGUCACCCUGCCCCUUCCUUUUGCCAAUGUGGCCAAACUUAAGGCUUCCUUGGACAUUCUGACUAGUGUCAAAAUUAAAACCAAUGCCCGGACUGGCCUCCCCGCGGUGGUCCUGGAAGAAUGCACCAUCAACCCAGCCAACAUCUCAAUCACCGUGCCAACCAAUUUCCUCUCUUCCAGACCCUUCGAUCUGAUUGGCAGAUUAACAAGCAAACUGAUGGGACUCCUGCAGGAUGCCACGUCCUACCUGGUGCAGAAGGAAGUGUGCCCCCUGUUGCAUUUCUUGGUCUCCAUCCUGGAUGUGGAUAUUAUUCAGAACAUCAUCAAACAUCUUCAGCAGGGAAUCCACCUUCAAGGUCAAAUCUGAAGACGGAGGAUGAAGAAGACCCUGUGAUGCCCAAAGCUGAUAAUGGCUCCUGGCUUGCCUGUGCUCCCUUGCAGCAUCCCCCUCUGUGAACAUGCCGCCGCCAUCCAGCUGGAGUGACAGCCCAGCCAGAAGGACCCCUCUGGGAUGGCCCUUCUCGGCCUGGCUGAAGCAGCAGCCUCUGUUCUCAUCACCCUCCUCUCCCAGCAAUAAAGGGCAUAUGUGCACCUUCCUGU